AUGCAUGAUAUUUGCAAUUAUGAUGCAUACUUUGGUCAAAAGUGUGAUGCUGCUGGGGUUUUGGGACUUCUUCCAGAGCAAACGCUUACAGCUAUUAUACGAAUAAUGGUGUAUGGUUCAUCUGCUGGGACUACCUGCACAGACCUACGCCCAGGGACCUCCAACGACUUCUACAAAAAAAUCGCAACUCGAGGAUUUCCAGGAAUGAUUGGUAGCAUCGAUUGCAUGCACUGGCAAGGAGAUUACGGAAAUAGAAAAGGGCAAAAGAGUAUCAUCCUUGAAGUCGUUGUUGGCUUCGAUACAUGGGUUUGGCAUGCCUUUUUCGGAGUUUCCGGAUCUCAAAAUGACCUCAAUGUGCUGGGUCAAUCCCCGGUUUUCAACAAUGUUUUGAUAGGUGAAGCCUCGAAUAUCACCUAUCAAAUCAACAAUACUGUCUACCAAACUAGGUAUUAUCUAGCAAACGACAUCUACCUGAGGUGGACCACAUUUAUCAAAUCAAUUCUGAAUCCCCGAUCCCAGAAGCAAAGAUUAUUUGCUUCCUUUCAAGAAGGAUACAAGAAAGAUGUCUAA